UUAUCAAAAAUGAAUCCAACAAAUAAUUCCAUUGAAGAAAGUAACUUUCCUAUUGAUCCAAUUAUUAAAUACACUAAUAAAGGUUCAAUCAGUAAUAAUUUUAAUUAUGAAGUAAUAGAAUUAGGAUACUAUCCUGAAAAUUUUAAAACUACUCGUGGAAAAAAUGAUGAUGAAAAUUUUAAUGUAUAUUCAGAAAAUUCAACAACAGAUGCUUCUGAUUUAUAUUUCAUGAAACUUGGAUCAAAUUCACGAAAGUUAGGAAUAUUAAUGUUUGGAUUGCAAUUAGAAUGCCUUAAAAAUUAUUGUGAACAAAAUCCUCUUAAAGAAAAACGUAUUCGAAAAAGAUUUGAUUCUUUUGAUAAUUUGUCAACUUUAGGCCAGAGACUAAGGGUUAUAUCAGUAGGCCAAGAUAUUCAACAGACAUUUGAAAGUAGUAAGUCAUCUGCAUUAAAUAUUAACAAAGAUUUAGAACAAGCAUCAUUAAUCAAAACAAUAUUUGAAGCAAAUGAUAUUUGCUAUGAACUUUCUUAUGAUAAAAAAAAUUCAAAUGUUGAAGAAGAAGCCAUUGUCAAAGUAAUAGAUGAACAUAAUAUUGGUAGAGAUUCAUAUAGAGCAUUAGCAGCAAUAAUUCAUUCUUUACCACAGAAAAUCCUGUUGGAAAAUGACACAAGUGAUGUGGAUAAUGAUAGUGGCAAUGAUACAGAAGAAGAAAUCAAUGAAAAUAUAAUUGUAGCAGAGGAGUCAUGUAGAAAUGGAGUUCGAAGAAAUAUUAAAGAUAUCCUUUAUUAUUUAAUUCCUUAUUUAAUUGAAAGCAAAGUAUUAAAAGAUAGUGAUGAAUCUCUUUAUAUACGAAUUUCAGGAGAUGGAAGAAAUGUUGGGAGAAAAAUAAAACAUGUCAUGAUAACAUUUGCAUUGUUAAAUGAUCAUGAAAAUAUUUUCAAUCCCAACUAUCAUUAUUCAUUGGUAAUUUAUACAGGACAGGAGGAUUAUGAAUGCCUAAAAAAUGUUUUAAGUCCUUUAAUUCAAGAACUAAAUUCUCUAAAAGAAAAUGGCUUUGUAGAUAAUUUUGAUAAGUGUUGGAAAGUAUAUUUAUAUAUUUCAAGUGGUUGGAAGUUCCUAGCAACUGUUCUUGGAUUUAAUGCUGCUAAUUCAAACUAUUUUUGUCCAUGGUGCAUUUGCAAUAAAUCUCAACAUGGAAAACUUAAUUUAAAUUGGAGUAUUUCAAAAAACAUGGAAGAUUUAUCAGUUAAUUACAAUCCUAAAAAUCCAAAACUACACAAUGGUCAAAUUAGACUGCCUUUAUUUUCAAUGAUUCCACUUGAUCAUUGGGUCAUUGAUGAAUUACAUCUAAUGCUCAGGGUAAUGGAUCGUUUGCUUAGUUUAUUAUUUAAUGAAAUUAAAAUUACCCAGUCUAGCAACAAAAAUUUCUCAGAGGCUUUAAGAAAAACUGUACAAGAAGAAAUGGAGAGGAUUAAAGUUCCUUUUAAAUUUUCAUUGGCAGAAAAUUCUAAACAGUGGACAUAUACAUCACUUAUGGGUCCUGACAAGUUAAAAGUAUUGCAAUCAUUUGAUUUAAACAAAGUUCUCUCUCCAGCACGUGCUGAUAAAAUAAGAAAAUUGUGGGAUGAUUUUGCUGAUUUAUAUAGCAACAUGUGUAAUCCAAUUUAUAAUUCUUUGCAAUUUCAAAAUAAUGCCUUAUUAUGGUUUAAGAAAUUUUUAACAAAAUCUCAAGGUAGUCCUUUACAAAAUAAUUUUAUUGAAGGUUUGUAUAAUGCAUCUGAUGUGACUCCAUAUAUACAUGUACUUGUAUAUCAUGUACAUGAAUUUAUGAGUCUUCAUCAAAGAUUUGGCCUUAAAUCUUUUUCUUGUUCACCAGUGGAGAAACAAAACCACAUGCAUAUUAAUAAAUUUUUCAAUAAAACUUUUAAAGAUGGUGGAAAUUCAAAUAGAAAAUCAGCAAUUUAUGAAAUAAUGGAAUCAGAGAAUAGACAGAUUUAUUCUUGUUACUUAUUGUCCUGUUUUCCCUACUGUCUACAAUUUCUAUUUCCUUCCACAUAA